AUGGAGAGACAGGGCAGCAACGCAGACCUGUACAGGUUGCGUUCCAACACGAAUAACACGGUCAAUGGACCUAAUGGGACUAAUGGGGCUAAUGGACCGUCAACUGGAACCAAGAGACAAAAUCUGGUGUUGUCAACAUCAUUCGUGUCCACCAGACGUUUUGACGACGGAACAGUAACCCCUACAAGUCCCCUACUUAUGAAACAUCGAAAUUCGACCAUUAACAGCCUUCGUUUGGAGGUGAAUCAGGUGGAGCAAGAGAUCGAGCGGUUAAGGAAGAAAAAACUGGAGCAGGAGCGAGUAGUGCAAACAUCGAACUCAAACGAUAUAUAUGUGGACGAAUAUUCAACAGAGCAUCUGGAGAACCGUUCUCUGCGACUUAGGGUCAACAAUGAACUCAAGGAGACAGAUCAACGGAUUAAACGGUUGCAGGAUCAACUGUCACUACUCAGAAUAAAGUUAAAGAGAUCGGAAGGUGGCUCCGGGGAGAUAAUAAAUUCGACGUUGAAUACAAACCAUAACCAAAGUUUGAUGGUACCCAAUGGGUCAACCAUAAAUAAUACAAUGGAUAUUUCUGAUAGUGGCUCUGAUUUCGAGGUCUCUGAUGAAGCAACGUACCGUCUAACCCCAACAAGAAGUAUACCAGCGUUACCUUUCCAUUCUGAUGAUGGAGAUCGUUCGUCGGACCAUUUGUCUGCAAAUGUGAUGUACGAGUCGUCAACAAAAGAGACGGCAACAUGGUUAAUAUCUGACCAUUUACAGAGUUUACAGGAUAUCAACGCCUCAGAGGACUUUAUAUUGCAAAAAGCAGAUGGAUUGGUUUAUUUGCUCGCAAAGAACCCUGAAAUAAAAGAGGAUCUUGUCAUUUCAGCAUUUGCAUCCACGAUACAAAACCUUCUGUUACAUGCAGACCAAAAAAUUCGGUCUGCCGGCUACAGGAUUGUACGGUAUUUAAUAUUGAAUGAAACCACAAUAGAUUAUAUGUUGAAGUUGCAUAUUGAUGUCUUUAUAACAAUGUCUUUAGGGAAGGACAACGCACACCAAGAGGAAAGAGAGCAAGCAUUGAAGCUCAUCAGAAGAUUUAUUGAUUUUAAAGGCUAUGGAAUAAAUAAAGCCAUCACACAAGCUAUUGUAAGUUGCAUAGAACAACCAGAAGACUCACUACGAUUAAUAGCAUUCGAAACACUUAUAGAGUUAACAUUCAUAAAUCCAACACUGGUGAAUGAUUGUAAAGCUUUCCCUAUUAUACAAAGCUUUAUUUUAGAUCCCAAUACGAAGAAUGAAGAACUAGCUAUUAACUCAAUGAUCGAAAUGUUGUCUUAUCCCGAAAUAAGACCCUAUUUUGUUAAAAACUUCCACACUGGGUACAUUCUUAGUGGGUUUUCGGACUAUCAAACAAAACUGACAGGAAGCUUAGAAAAAGUGCAAAGGUCAGUUAGAGUAGUUAUCCGGAUAUUACAAGAUUUCAACGGAAUCCUUUUGUUUGCAUUAAAUGACUGUCAAUUAUUAAAUCAAUUGAUAGCUUUUGCCCAGUCUCCGUUGCUGUUCAAACACAUUAUAAACAUUUUUCUCACCUCUUUACGAAUAAAAAAGAAUACACCAGAGCGAACAGACUGCUCACAAGUGUACCAAUAUGUGUACCUUUUGGUAGUCAUGAUGAAUAAGGCUGACUUUGCAAACAAAAUGAUGUUCUAUGCCGUUGAAUGUUUGCCAAAACUGGAUCCAUCGGUGAGAGAUAAUACAAGGCUUGUUUUAGCCAAAGUUUGCGAUGCUUCAAUGCAACUCAGUACAGGGGCUUCUAACUUUCAGGCAGUUAAGUUUCCAGAGCAGUUGAGCCAGUAUAAGUUGUUCCAUGAAACCUUUGUGUUCAAUAGCGCAAUUUACUCAACGAGAAGUAAGUUAGCUACCACUGCGACGCAAAAGAUAAUGCUUAAGUCUGCCGGAGAAAUGCAACUGAAUUCUUCCAAAAAGGACAUAGAUGAUAUUGGCUUUAAGAAGAUGGUAUUUGAUUCGAAAGUCCUUCAGACUAAGAACUACAGCUAUUGGAAUUGGCAGGUAAUCGGAGAGCUAUGUAGAAGCCCAUUACUGGACAGGAAACGCUUAGAAGAACUAUCUAGAAGUACCAAAUUCAUUCGGAGAAUGCUGGUAUUUUAUCGACCCUUUAGAUUCAGAUUCACUAGUGUUGCAUCCAGUGAUCCAAUGGCAAACACAUAUGUGGAGGUUGGUUGUCUUUUUUUCAGAGCGUUAUUAUCCAAUAACACUGGAUUAAGAAUUUUAGCGGAUGAUACAAAGAUCAUCCCACAAGUUGCUUCUGUUCUCUAUAACAAUAUGCAAGGACAUGCUGUGAAUGAUAUGCUCUUUACGGAAAGAGCAUUAAAAGAGAAAUUAUGCGGAGGAUAUUUUAAGAUCAUAUUUGGUGUGUUUACAGAGAAUAAUAAUGGAAUGUCAUUACUUGAAAAAUGGAACGUAUUUACCGUCAUCAAUCUUAUGUUCUCGAAAAGAUCAUUGUGCACUAAAUACUUAAUGUUAACGUUACCAGAGCUAAAUUUAGGUUAUUCCAGGUGCAAAAUGUUUUUAAAUAAAGCUCUUUUGGAUGAUAGGGAGAUGAUACGGUCUAUUGGUACUGUGACGCUUGGGAAAAAGUUACAGAAUUUGGACAAUGAUGAUUUGAUGCUGGAAGAGUAUUUGAUCAAGCUAACGUGCAGACAAUUGUACGACUUAGCCCCUAAUGUCGUUGCAGCUGCAGAUAAAAUUUUGUAUGACUAUUGCACGUACCAUGUGAACUCGUCCAACGUUCUUCAACCUUCUAUAAAGAACUGUUUGGACCAAUUAAUAUUUAUUGGGUCACCAACGUUACUAAAAUUAAUGGAAAACAGUGAGGGGUUCCAGCAAUUGAAUGGAUUAAAUUACAUCAACAGAGAACGGAUAAGGUGGAAGGAGUCUAAAAACCGAGAGUUCGUUCCUAAGGUGGAACAAUUCCUUGAACAAGAAAUACGGAAACCGGAUACUGUGUCCAAGAGAAGCUUCCCGUUGCACUUCUACCAAUUCUUAUGCAAACUGGAGGAAGGUGCUAAUCUUCUAAGCAAAUCAGACGACAUUAGACAGUUCAUUAUGGUGAUCAAGAGACACCUGAACGAUAUACGAGCCCAUAAAAACGUAACAUACGGGGAAAAAGAGAUGAUAGAAUUAAAAAGCUGUAUGUGGGCUUGUGGGUUUAUUGGCUCUACGGACUACGGGAUCAACUUGCUAGACAAAUAUUCGUUUGUUUCUGAUAUAGUUGAAUUGGCGAGCGAGAGCCAGUAUACAUGCAUUAAAAGCACUUCAUUUUACGUACUUGGGUUGGUAUCUUACACAAUGGAUGGGCGUGAGAUGAUCGAGGAGAUUGGGUGGGAGUCAAUCAUGGACACGCGGCAGCAACCGAUAGGAGUAUGUGUUCCAAAGGACGCUAGAAAAUUGCUUCAUUGGUCGGAUUUGGGUCCCGUGCAAAUGCCACCGAAGGAGAUUGAAAUGGAGUGGCCGGUUUUAAAGAGGAAUAAAAGCUCUCAGGGCCAAAGCCAAGGCGAGGAGGAUUUGAGCUCGAAUGUGGUUGUGUGCGACCAGGAGAUCCCAUUGGAGAACCUAUUGGAGUGGGAGCGUUCCGAGGCGUCAGUGAAUCCGAACCAGGAGGAGGAAGACAAACAAGAACUCGAUCGGGUUAUUCGCGAGAUCUCUCAAUCCAACGUGCAAAAUCUGCCACACGUAUUUGAAGACGACAAGAUCAACGACCGUAUCUUGCGGGUGGUCAGCGACAUGGGGAACAACAUUCUGUUGAACGGUGCGAUCAAGGAGAUCACGAGUCUUGAGACCAAGUACGGACCUGCACGUUUCCAGAGUCCGGAAAUGUUUGAGCAGAUAUUCAAGUUGAUGAGCGAGUACCGGUUCAAGCCAUCGGUGCGAAAGUUUUUGCUCGAGCUCUUCAUCAACAACAGAUCUGUCGAGAACUUAAUCCGGGCCGAGAGAAGAAGAAGAAGGUAG